AUUGUUUUUCAUUCUCUUCUUACUUACUAUCGGGUAACCCACAAAAGUGCCAAAACCCAAAGCCCCACAGUCAGCCACCACCACUGGCGAACGAUGUCUUUCUCUCGCAUCCUCCAGCGCGCCUUCUGCACCAGCACCCAACCCAACCCCACUACCAGGCAGAGCAUUAAGGCCAUCUCCACCGACCUCUACAAAGAGCGCAACCUCAAACGCCUCGUCGAGAAGUUCAAGAAGUCCUCUGAGAUCUAUCGCUUCCGAACCAAAACCUCCAUUUACGAGGAUGCCGUUCGCCGCCUCGCCGCCGCAAAACGUUUCAAGUGGAUCGAAGAGAUCCUAGAGGACCAGAAGAAGUACCCGGACUUCUCCAAUGAGGGCUUCGCUGUCCGACUCGUUUCGCUAUACGGUAAAGCCGGUAUGCUUGAAAAUGCCCAGAAGGUGUUCGACGAAAUGCCUGAUAAAAACUGCGAGCGCACGGUGUUGUCAUUUAACGCCCUCUUGGCGGCUUGCAUUAACUCCAAAAAAUUCGACAAGGUUGAUGAGGUUUUUAGAGGGGUCUCGCAGAAGUUGUCAAUUGAACCGGAUGUGGUGUCCUAUAAUACUAUGAUCAAGGCGUUUUGUGAGAUGGGUUCGUUGGAUUCCGCUGUUUCGAUGCUGGGUGAGAUGGAGAAGAAGGGCAUGAAGCUGGAUGCCAUCACGUACAACACGAUUUUGAAUGGUUUAUAUGCACAUAGUCGGUUUUUGGAUGCUGAGAAGCUAUGGGGUCGAAUGGUGGAGAAGAAUGUUGUUCCUGGUGUUAGGUCUUACAAUGCCAAAUUGCGGGGGUUGGCUUCAGAGAAGAGAACUGAAGAAGGGGUUGAGUUAUUUGAGGAAUUGAAGAACAAUAGAAUAAAACCUGAUGUGCUUAGCUUCAAUGCCUUGAUCAAGGGCUUUGUUGAUGAGGGGAAAUUGGAAAAAGCUAAGAAGUGGUACCAUGAAAUGGGGAAGAGCAAUUGUGCUCCGCAGAAAUGGACUUUCCAGACGCUUGUUCCCUUUGUUUGUGAGAAGGGUGAUUUGGACUUUGCCAGUGAGCUCGGGGAGGAAAUUUUCAAAAGGCGCCUUCUCGUGGAUGCAGCGUUGUUGCAGAUUGUGGUGGAUGGGCUGGUUAAGGCCUCUAGGAUUGAGGAGGCAAAUAAGCUUGUGAAACUUGGGAAGUCAAAUUGUUACCGGCGUUAUAAUCUCAAGUUGCCUACAGAGGAAUAAUGCAUUUCUUUUGAUGUUUGUUCUGUUUUGCAAAUUGCAUGUUAUGGUUUAUGAUUCAAAGCACAAAAUGGUAAGGAAAUAUGGAACUCUUUUGAAGUGGAAGUUUGAUCGAUUUUGUUUUCUGAA